AAGUUCUCUCUCAAACUUCAUCUUUUUUCUCCUUUCUUCCUCACUGCUCAUCCUUUUUCUUUCUUCUUGUUAUUCUUUCUCUCUCUCUCUUCUCGCUUCUUCUUCCUCUCUCAAACCCAAACUUGGGUUUCAUCACAUAAAUUUGGGUUUUGCUUAAAUUUUUUUCUACACUUCUCUUUCCUCCAACUGCAAUCAAAGAAAUCAAAUGAAGAAAAGAAGCAAAAAUGCAGUCAAGCUCGCAGCAAUACCAUCUUCAAGGCUGACCCGACGAGAUAUUUUUUUUCCCUAUUUUCUAUUUUAAUUGAAAACAAUAUUCAAUUUUAAGAAAAUGCGAACAUAUUUCUCAAGGCUCCCUUUUUUAUUAUUAUCCUUUAAAACCAACAAAAUCAAAUCCCUCAAUCCCUCAAGGCUCAGAGGACAGCUUGCAUCUCUUAUUGGUCUCUUCCUCAGGGAAACUUAUGCGAGAGAAAACACUCCCUUUAUGCUUCUUGUCUGCGGUAGUUGUUGUUGGAGAUAUAGAAGCAGCUUUAGUGGCUGCUUCAGUCCUAGGCUUUGCAGAGGACUCUGAGCAGUGUGAUUGGAUUUCUUCAAUGGACGAAAUGUUGGUUCGACGUUGCGUGAGUGGCAUUCCACCGAGGAUAUCUCAGAUCGGUGUCGAUGAUGGUCCUGGUGAUGGUCGCUGCUUGACGCCGGUGGAUUAUUGCCACAACCCAAAUUUAUGUGAUGAAACCCAGAUCUGGGUUUGAGAGAGGAAGAAGAAGCGAGGAGAAAGAGAGAGAGAGAGAAAGAAUAAGAAGAAAGAAGAAGGAUGAGGUAGAGUUUUCCAGAUCAAGUAUGCCGCCAAGGCCGUCGAUAACAGUGGGUCUGUUCCAUUUCUGUUUUGUUGUGCAUUUAGCUUGUAAUUUCAAUUUGCUCAAGAUUUUUUUUUUCUAUUGUUUCAAAAUUGUGAUUGGCAUCAAGUGCGAAGCUGGGAUCGUUAUGGUAUGCUUUAUCGUUCCUAAUUUUGGUAUUUAUUGAAUCCUACUUGUGGAUUCGUAUGUGAAUAUAAUUUGUGGAUUUGG